GACUCUUCUUGAUGGCGAUAAAAAUUGACGUACCAUUUAUUAUUCUAUUUAUUAUUUUUCAAAAUAUAUACUGAAGAUCCGACAAAAAAACUCACAGUUGCAAUACUUUUCAUUGCAAGUGCGGGUUGUGAUACGUCCACGUGGUCAUUAUUAUUAUUAUUAUCGCCAGAUAUAUGUAUAUAGAUAUCGAGGUUAGAUACCCCCACUCUGACAAAUUCUUCCUAUUCAGAAGUUCAGAACCAAGUCUUCUCUCCUGGAAACGAGCAUAUCACGUUUUCCAUGGAAGUGGAUGUUGGACAGGAAUGAGAGAAAAAUAUUGAUAUCGCGAAGAAGUAAAUAUUAUUGAUUACAAAAAUUUAGAUUUCUUUAAUUAGUGAUGGCCUUACGUGUAAAGAGUGACGGGUUCAAACUCGUCCCCUGGUUUUCCUUGAGCGAGUGGCACGAUGUAUAUAAACAAAUCUAUUCCAACGAUACGGAACAGCAGACGAGAGGUUAUGAGAUGCUGCUGGUGUGGAAAAGCCGAAUGCCGAAGCUUCCAGUGGGCAUUGAGUGCACUCUCUCCUUGAUCCAGGUCUGUCUGCGAGAUCGUUCAUGGAGUCAGCAAAUAAACUCCGGGGCUCUCCCGAUGUACCAUGAGAACGACCUCUCUCUCAUGUAUUCCACCACAAUAAUGCGCUUCCUUAAUCAUAUCUCCAACAUCGGUCCAACGAAACAAACGUCCCUCUUUCAAAUAGCAAAGCAACUGAGAAUUCCCGAGUGGAUCGUAAACCUACGGCACGACACAGCCCAUGGGCACGAAUUGCCCCCGAUCACGCUUUUACGAAUGGCAUCAAACAUCUUGUUGAUAUGGUUGAACGAUGAAUAUUGGGUACCAGAGGCUCAAGCUCUAGAUCAAGCCCUGAAGAACCAAAAUGAUGUGACAGAAAUCGAGGUGUUGGAUUCUCAGGAGGAUCUCGUUGAUCUCAUAGAACUUUGGAUGUCAGUCGGUCUCUACGUGGAGUCGGACUUGUCCCGUGUCUCAGAUCUCCCUGACGAGCACCUCAGGAAUAUUCUGAAAGACAUUCAUCCGCGCACGAAGGCAUCCAAACGAGACCUAGAUACUAGUAUUGGAUCAGAGCACUUGGAGGGAGACACUUGUCCUCUGAAGAAAGUCAGAUUUUAUCUUUUGACAGAAAUAACUAAUCAUCUUCAUCAAAGUAAAGAUCAAAAGUGCUUAGGGAGUGAAAUCGCCAAUCUCCUCGUCAACAGCCAAAUUUUUCUCGUUGCUCCCGAAAUUGCAGAGCUCUUCUCAAGAAAACGUGAGGAUGGGCAUCCUCAUAGCGGUAAGAAUUUACCUAGACAACUGAUUAUCUUCUGGCAGCCAAUGAUUAGUCUUCUUCAUGAAGCAAAGCUUCUGGAGACGUUGAUUUUUAAGCUCAUUGAGGUAAUGAAUUCUGAUGAGAAAAAGAGUAGCCAGACGAGAAAAUGUGCAAGCCUGUGGCUGAAAUGUAUUGGCCAGAGUUUUCUGAAGCUGAAGAUUGCACACAAGGAGAGGGAUAAGUUGGAGCACUCUCAGGGGGACGGGAGCAAGAAGACACCUUUGAAAGGUAUCAAUAAGCAGGUCGAGUGGAUUCUCAAUACACGUUAUAGGGAGUUAAGAGAUUGUCCAUGGUUGGGAGUAAAUUCUGAUGUUCCUAGUGUUUUCACUGAUGAGAGUUUCGUCGAAGAACUGAUGAUAAACGCUAAUCAGUACUCAAAUACUUUUAUCGGGCCGUUUUUAGAAUUGAUAACUCCGGAAAUGAGUGCCGAAAAGAAGAGCGAUUUGUUGGAAUUGUUGGCAAUUCAAAGCGCAGUAGUUAUUGAUAAAAUUGAAGAUUAUGAUCCUGUUGUACACACUGUCCACGACUUGGAGAGAAUUUGCGGAAGAGGGGAUGCAGGAGAGGUAAAUGGAGAUGAAGGUAGAGCUGCUGAAUCCGAGGAUAACUACGGGGAAGGGGAUGAUGAGAAAGCAACCGAUUGUGGGUGGCGAUUGGCCCCCUCUAAUUACAACUGGGGAGAUUGUGCCUUUGGGCUUCUACCCUGGCAGAAAAAGUCAAUGGCAACGGUGAGCAGUACUGAUGGACUUCAGCCUGAAGUGAUGUACCCAGAUACUGGCAGUGAAAUAAUUCCGGGAAUUUUAAAUGAUAGAAAAGUGUCCGGUAGGAGAGUGAAAUGGGAGAGUGUGCUUAGGACUAAUCAGAGUAGAAAGAGAAAGAGGAGGAGAGAAGCUGAUAAGGUAAUGGAUAAAGCUAUUCAAAUUGUAAAAAGUAGAAAGUUUUGACAAUUUUGCUGGAAGAAAAUAAAUAACUUUGAUAAUGAAAACAACAA